GCACGCACUUUGGAGGAUCCCGACUAAUACAAAAUACAGCAUAAUUUUACCGGACUCUAAAUAAUUAGCAAUAUCGUUCUUAAAAUGGUGUAGUCUUUACUUUGUAUUUCUCUGUGUUUUAUUGGGAAAUCUUUCCCCGGAAGUCACGUGUUUUGUAGUUUUCUGGGCGCUGUGGCUCAGACUGGCGUUAUAACACCGUAAGGUCACAGAAGCUGCUCACAGGAGCUCAGGGAGAACCGGGACGUUUCUGUGACGUUUAAAAGGAAAGCAGCAAAACGUAAGCAAGCAACCAUGAGAUGAUGAAGCUACCUGACUGUUGUUUGGUUGUCACAUCACCUGUGUCCCUCCUUUGUGCUCCUGCUGCAUUCAGACAUCCUCUCAAAGACCUGGAAUGAGAAGAAUCAGGUGAAGCUGAGUGUGUUCAAAGUCCUCUCUGUUCUCCAGCUUUGCCCUCAUUCAGGACUCAUUCAGGGGUAACCGCCCGUGUUGCUCAAAGACGAUAAAAAAGGAACUUGAGGAAGUUCCUUUUGCUGCUUGUGGAAAGGAGUCAGAGGAAGUGAAGUGGAGAUCCGUCGGUGUGGGAGCGUCAUGUGCGCGUAGCAUCCCGCUGAACUGCUCUCUGAUCCGACUCCUCUCUGCUGAUUUGGUCCGAUGUCACGGCACAGUAAGCUGCAGAAGCAGGUCCUCGCUCUGUACCGGCAGUUCCUGCGAGCUGGUCGAGACAAACCAGGCUUCGUCCCCCGAAUCCGCGACGAGUUCAGAGAGAACUCACGCAUCAAGAAGACGGAUGUAAUGCACAUCGAAUAUCUGUACCGACGGGGCCAGCGGCAGCUGGAGCAGCUGAGGGACGUCAACACCAAACAGCUGGGCUCCUUCUCCAAACCCAAAGAGCACAGCUGAAACCACGUGACCCCCAAACUACGCCGGAAAUACCUCUGAAAGACACGUGUGCCGCCAUGCUGCUGCCACCGUGUUCAGGACUCGAGCUCUGAAGGCUGCUGUGGGUGCUUCAGGAGCCACACGAGCUGCAGUGAAGCAAAUGAAGCAAAAUGAAUACGUCUGUGUAGGUUCUCACUCAUCUGGGUCAUAGUAGUCUGUGGAGCUUGAAAAAAAAGGCGACAGGACUUCUUUAAAUUUCUUGAAGAUGUUUCACCUCUCAUCUGAAAGGCUUCUUCAGUUCUCUUCAAGAAACUUAAAGAAGUCCAAUCGCCUUUUUUUCAAGCUCCAGAGAAGCAAAAUGAACUUCACCUGAUGUAUCUAAUAAUAAAAACAUGCCUGUGAUGAAGGUGAACUCUGACCUCCUCAUUCAAUGCAUUUCCUGCUGGGCUGUUGGCUU